AUGACACUAGUAAGAGAGAAAAGGCAAAAGCAGUCCCUGAGGGUCACUGUACCCUCCAUAUCGCAAGCUAAUUCCUGGCAGAGGUUACAAUCAUCACCGCCAUCGUCCUCGUCGAGCUCAAGUUCUCCAGGCAUUGACAACCUAGCCAACUUUGAGAAACUUGCAGUUUUAGGACAUGGUAAUGGCGGGACGGUAUAUAAAGUAUGUCACAGGCCGACGAAUGUGAUAUAUGCUCUGAAAGUCCUUAGGUUUAUGGAGGAACCGGAGAUGGUACAACAGCGGGCGUUCAGCGAGGUGGAGAUCCUCAGAAGAGUGGAUUCAGGUUUUGUUGUAAUGUGCCACGGGGUGUUUGAAAACGGGUUCUCAGGCGCGGAUGGAAUCGAGGAUAUCUGCUUUCUUUUGGAGUACAUGGAAGGAGGGUCACUGCAUGACCUCCUGCGGAAGCAUCCUAUGUUGUCCGAGAAUGCCAUUUCUGGCAUUGCGAGGAGUGUUUUGGAAGGACUACACUAUCUGCAUUCUAUGCAAAUAGUCCACAGCGACAUAAAGCCGUCCAAUUUGUUGAUAAAUCGGAAAGGAGAGGUGAAGAUUGCAGAUUUUGGCGUGAGCCGAUGCAUUGCAGGAGUCGAUAAAGAGCAAUGUCCAUCGUACAUGGGCACCUGCGCGUACAUGAGUCCAGAAAGAAUUGAUCCAGAUAGGUGGGAUGGGGUGCAUUCUGAUGGUUUUGCUGGAGAUGUAUGGUCCCUUGGGGUGGUAGUAAUGGAAUGCUUCGUUGGUCAUUUUCCAUUGAUUAAGCCUGAAGAGAAGCCGGAUUGGAUCAAUCUAAUGUGUGCUAUUUGUUUUGAAGAAAAGAGAGAGAUGCCAGAAACUGCAUCAGCUGAAAUACAGAGCUUCGUGAUGAGGUGCUUACAGAGGGAUUGGAAAAUAAGAGGGACAGUGGAGGAACUACUUGUUCAUCCUUUUGUGACCAAAUUUGAAGAAAGUGCAGCAGAACAUCUAUUUUAUUAUGCUUCAGUCAUGUAG